CUGCCCACACUGCAAAGAAGGUCUCCAGAACAGAUGUCUCUCUAUCUGUGAUCUAUACACAUGACUAGAACUGAGCCAUUGGAUUUCAUGGAGUAAAUGAGGGUCUCCAAAACAUUUUUCUAACCCACCUGCAACUGUUAAAUCAACAGGUCCUAUUCUGAAGUACACCAGGAUGACAAGUACACCUUCCUCAACAUCCUUCAGUGCGUGGGACUAUGUGGUCUUUACGUUGAUGCUGGUCAUCUCUGCAGGCAUCGGGCUGUAUUUCGCCUUCACCGGGGGCGGUCAGAGAAGCUCCGCAGACUUUCUGGUGGGCGGACGGAGUAUGACAGCAGUACCCGUGGCCCUGUCUCUGACAGCCAGCUUCAUGUCAGCUAUCACAGUGCUUGGGACACCAGUGGAGGUGUACCAGUAUGGCGCCAUCUUCAUACUCAUCUGCUUUGCUUACGUUCUGAUGGUGGUUGUGAGCUCUGAGAUUUUUCUCCCUAUCUUCUACAGACUGGGCAUAACCAGCACCUAUGAGUACCUGGAGAUGCGUUACAAUAAAGUAAUUCGUCUCAUCGGAACAGUCCUGUUUAUAAUACAGACAGUACUUUACACAGGUUUGGUCAUUUAAGCUCCGGCUUUGGCUUUAAAUCAAGUCACAGGUGUAGAUCUUUGGGGCGCUGUUAUAUCAACUGGAGUCAUCUGUACCCUCUACUGUACAUUAGGUGGCCUUAAGGCAGUGGUGUGGACGGAUGUGUUCCAGGUGGGCAUCAUGCUGGCUGGUCUCUUGGCCGUCAUCGUCCAAUCAGUGCUGCUGCAGGGCGGAGUCUCCACGAUCAUCAGUGACUCCACCCAGGGUGGCCGGCUUAACCUAUGGGACUUUGAUCCCAACCCACUGAGAAGACACACAUUCUGGACCAUCGUGGUGGGAGGAACAUUCCUCUGGACCAGCGUCUAUGGGAUCAACCAAGCUCAGGUGCAAAGAUACAUAUCGUGCAAGUCACUGUUUCACGCCCGGAUGGCCUUAUACAUUAAUUUAGUGUCGCUUUUGGCUAUUACAUUAUGUGCAGUAUUCAGUGGCUUGUGUUUAUACUCCGUUUAUAAAAAUUGUGAUCCAUGGACCGCCGGUAUGGUGUCUGCACAAGACCAGCUAAUGCCGUACCUGGUGUUGAACAUCUUGAAGAAAUACCCUGGUGUGCCCGGACUGUUUGUGGCGUCAGCGUACAGUGGCACUUUAAGUACAGUCUCCUCCAGUGUAAACGCUCUGGCUGCAGUAACUAUCACCGAUCUGAUGCGACCGUACCUCAGUCUGUCAGAUAAACAGCUCUCAUGGGCUUCAAAGGGAAUGAGCUUGUUUUACGGUGUUGUGUGCAUUGGAAUGGCUGGACUUGCAUCUUUGAUGGGAGGGAUGCUACAGGCUGCCAUUAGUAUCGUCGGAGUGAUUGGCGGACCUCUCCUGGGCCUUUUUUCUUUGGCUGUCCUGUUUCCCUGUGCCAACUCAAAGGGAGGACUGGCCGGGCUGCUGUGUGGGCUCGCUCUGUCUCUGUGGGUGUGCAUCGGAGCACAGAUAUACCACCCGCUUCCAGAAAACAACAGACCUUUGGAUCUCUCAACACAUGGCUGUAACCUUACAUUACCGGUAGAUGGCUUAAACUGGACUAUAGGGCCUACAGAAAGAACCAAAGAUGAUUUUGUACAGAAAGAGGAAAACCUAGACAGGCCGUGGCUGGCUGAUAACUGGUACUCUCUGUCAUACCUCUACUUUUGCCCAAUGGGUACUUUGGCCGUCAUCAUCGUGGGUCUUAUCGUCAGCGUAUUCACAGGAGGCAGACAGCUAAAACUGCAACCAGGGCUUACGCUAUCAAAAGAGGAUCUCACCUGUUACAAAGCCUACAAUGCACUCAAAGAAAAGGUGAAUAUACACUUUUAAUGCACAUAUACA